AGAAGAAGUGUCGUCAGUCAUGUAACGAUCAGACCGAAUCGAGAUGAAACAAUCUUCCUAAUCACGGGAUAAUAUUCCUGAUCAUAAUAUUCCUGACGACAGUGAUUGAGGAAUGAUGGUGCAGUCGUGCUCGGCGUACGGAUGUAAAAACAGAUAUCAUAAAGAUCAAAACAUCUCUUUUCACAAAUUUCCUCUGGCCAGACCAGAUGUUUGUGGGAAAUGGGUCGCCGCCAUAAAGAGAAGAAAUUUCAAACCCACCAAGUACAGCAACAUCUGCUCACAACACUUCACCAAAGACUGUUUCAAACGAGAAUGCAACAACCGCGUGUUGAAAGACAACGCCGUGCCGUCACUCUUCACCUUCAGAGAAUUACAGAGGGAGGAGGAAUCUCUGGAAGUCUUCAACUCAGAAAUGGACGUUUAUCAGCACCUGCCUCUCUGUGACACUGAAGAGACACUGAUGGUCCACUCGAGACGGAUCUCUCCAUCCACACCUCCACCGCUGUCUGUCCCCAUCUCAGAGGAGCUGCACCUGGAGCACUACAGUACCUUCAUCUACUGUGAUCACAACUACACGGUGGAGGACAACAGCCCGCCCAAGAGACGCAUGGAGCAGCUGGAGGAAGAGCUGAAGAAACUACGCAAGAAACUCAAGACGGUGCAGCAGAAAUGCCGACGUCAGGAGAGACAACUGGAGCGCUUCCAUAAGGACGCUUCUCAUCACCAGCCGCUCUCUGCCGCUCAGACGGAGAUCUCCUCAUCCACACCUCCACCUCCACCUGUGUCCACAACACCGGAGCGAAACCCGGAGCACAACAGCGCCUUCGUCUGCUAUGAUCACAACUACACGGUGGAGGACGGCGUCCAGCAGAAGAGACGGAUGGAGCAGCUAGAGGAACAGCUGAACAUACUGCUCAAGAAGCUCCAGACGGUGCAGCAGAAAUGUCACUGUCAAGAGAGACAACUGGAGUGCAUCAAAGCCUCCAGUGAUGUCCAGAAGGACAUGUCGUUGGAAAACAGUUACGUGGUCUUGCCUAAAGAGAUCUACUAUGUGCUGAAGAGAAUCGAGAGCAUUGGAGCGUUGUGAGGAACCCUUCAAACUCUCUUGAGAAUCAAUCAUGACCCAGUGUGUUCAAUCUGCUGGGCUAUAAUAUCGAGUUUCUCUGUAUUAGAGAUGCACAAUAUAAUAGUAGACUUCAGGGUUUCGGUCCGAUGGCGAAUGAGGCCCGAUGCAUGAGACGUCACAUGACCAAACACUGGCGAUUGAUACUGACGACGGACGCUUCAGUAAAUCAGGGUUGUCCAUUAUCGGCACAUUUACUUUGCAAAUGACUGCAGUUAAGAGUUUCUUUCCCAAUGUUGGUAUGAAAUGUAAAUGUUAAUUUGUUUUAAAUAGUUUAUUUUCUCUUCUGUGAUGUUUAACUCAUUGAACUGACUCCAGAACGUUCCUCUCGUGAUCUCUGGACCGAACUGCGCCAUUCACGCCUCAAGAGUUCAAUGUAUUAAAUCCAAACACACAUUUUAAUAGAUAAAUAGACUGAUAUUAAAGGGCUUUCUCA